CCUCUGAUGAGGGUCUGCUCGUAAAAGGGCAUGCACUCUUAGCCAUGGGUCGUUAGAUCAAUAUAGAUUUGUUAAACACGCAGGCAGGAAUUGGUUUGCUAAUAGAAUGGUAGACGAAUGGAAGAGGCUUGGCAGUCGUGCAUGUGGUGAAUUUCACUGUGAUAGGCACACUAUUAUUAAUAGGUAAGGUAAAUUCAUUAGUAGGAGAAUAGUUUUAUUGUGAAGGUUUUCAUUGAUAAGAUAAGAAAUACAGCUGGAGCUCCUCCCCUGAAGGUGUAAUAAGAGCGACGGUCACCAAAGGGUGUCUCGCUCCCCGGGAGUGUGGCUCACGAUGUGGCUCGCGCCUGCGCCGGGGGUCACUGGUGAGUGUGUUACCAGGCUGCUUGGUGAAGCAAGACAACUUACACAACGACAGCACAGAUGGCCGUGACGUCCAGGAAGGCAUCAGUCUCUACGGACCAGUCAUCACUGGUCAUCAUCUCGAAGGCUGCCCAUGCAUCAUCAGCCUCAUCGGUGAUGGCGGCCACCAAUUCGGCGGAUGGGCAUGGAUCAUCAGCCUCAUCAGACGAGUCAUCACGGGUCGUCACUUCAAAGAGUGCCCAUGGAACAUCACCCUCAUCGGUGAUGGCGGUCACCAAUUCGGCGGAUGUCCAUGAAUCAUCAGCCUCCACGGACCAGUCAUCACGGGUCAUUGCUUCAAAGGCUGCCCAUGAAUCAUCAGCCUCGACCAUAGCAGCGGAGGUCACCAAGUCUGGGGCUGCCCAUGAAUCAUCAGCCUCCACGGACCAGUCAUCACGGGUCAUUGCUUCAAAGGCUGCCCAUGAAUCAUCAGCCUCGACCAUAGCAGCGGAGGUCACCAAGUCUGGGGCUGCCCAUGAAUCAUCAGCCUCCAUGGCCCAGUCAUCAUGGGUCGUCACUUCAAAGGCUGCCCAUGCAUCAGCUUCAUCGGUCCUGGCCACCCCGUCAGUGGCCGCUCGCGGUGCAGGGCUCACCGCCCGGACAGCAUCGCCACACCGCCUCCCGUUGCACCGGAGGCUGGUGAAGGCAGGCCCGUCGUCACAGAAGAGAGAGAAGUGGAGGCCGCUGAUGUUGUCCAGCAGCCAGGCCAGCGGCAUGGAAGAGGUGAAGACUGGCUUCCGGAGCGAGGUGCAUUGCACCCUGACGGCCGCGUUGCCGUCUUUCUUGCACAGCUUCGCCAAGGGCACACGCAGCUCACCCUCGGCGUGGCAACCUUGAAUCCCUGCGACGCAAGACCAGCUUUCCACGGGGAGCUUGACGGAGGCGACCGUACGCCUCCUCUUCAGGCAGCAGGUGGAGUCCUCGCACGAGAGCUUGAUGGAGUCCACCAGGGAGGAGCCUCGCUCCAGGGUUACCCACACGUUGAAUUUCUGUCUAGAUGCAGAGUUUCCCAUCGUUGUUUCGAUGUGAUAUAAAAAAAUUAUCCGAAUAUUGAGGAAAUCGGUGUUCGGUAACAAAAGGAGGUGCUAUGUCCAUGAAGACCGACUGGCCUCCAGCCAAUUCUUUCUGCUAUAAUCUUGCCUAGUCGGCUAAGUAGUGCAGUUCACGCGUCGGAUGGCGGGUGACAGGGCUGUUGAUAAACUAUAAAGGAAUAGAUAAAA